AUGAAGACUGUUCUCAUUGCCGCUCUCGCCGCCUCGGCCUAUGGCUCUGCCAUCUCCUCCACCUGGGCUGACUGGGACCCGUCCAAGCUCAGCACCACCACAACCACCACCACCCCCGCGAAGGCCACCACCACCAGCACCUUCGACUGGGCUGACUGGGAGGCGUCCAAGACCAGCACCACCACGACCAGCAGCAAGCCCGUGAAGGCCGCCACCACCUCCUCGACCAGCUCCUUCGACUGGGCCGACUGGGAAGCCUCCAAGACCUCCACGUCCUCCAAGCCUGUCGACCCUGCCACCACCUCCAGCAUCAACUGGGCCGACUGGGAGGCCUCCAAGUCGUCGACCAGCAGCACCCCUGUUGCCGCCGUCACCACCUCCACCAGCUACUACUGGGGUGACUGGACCUCGAGCUCCACCCCCGUGGCCGCUGUCUCCAAGACCAGCACUCCCGUCGCUGCCAUCUCGGCCUCCAGCACCGGCUGGGGUGUUGCCGACUACACCGGCGCCCCCGUCGCUCCUGCCACCUACACCGGCGCUGCUGCUCUGCCCAAGGUCGAGCUCGGUGUCCUCGCCCUCAUGGGUCUUGCCGCCGCUUUGUAA